AUGGCCGCCAUGACCAAUGAUGGCACUCGUCGCAGGAACGUACUUCUGAAUCGAAAGCCUGAGCAGCUCUUUGGAACACAGCUAGUCGAGGUUUCUCCUAACCAGACUUUGGGCCGAAAGCCUAACACCCUCGACUUUACUGAAGGGCUCCACAGUUCUAAAAGGACUGUUUCCCAACCACGCACCGAGGAGCACUACAAGGAUAACUUCUUCGAUGAAAGCCGUUCCCCGCUGCAUAGCUUUAAUCUUGGUCCCAGUUCCAAUAAUGGGCUCGCUUCCCCCAAGACUUAUUACCAGACCCCCAAUACUUUCUUUGGUGGUGAUGUUGUCACUCUACGAGAGAAGAAUCCAAUGUCUUUGCAGAAGCCUAUCUCAAGACCUAGUUCUAAAUUCUUCGCCAAUAAUGACAGCUCUAUUACGAUGAAUCGAAUGGCCGAGCAACAAUCUUCAUCAUCCGAAAAAAAACAGUUCACCAGCAAGAUCUGGAACGACUAUGAAGGGGAGACAGUAGAACACUCUAGCUCGCUUCCUAAACUUACUAUACAGCCGGAAUGGCCUCUUCUUCGGCACCAAACUGGCCUAGCGAGAACCAAUCGCAGUUUGGAUAACCAUAAAGAAGUCGAGAAAGUCAAGGACAAAGCUUUCGUGGAUUCGCUAUUUCCUGGGGGAAUCGAUGCUUUUGUACAGGACAAUCUGCAGGAACACCCAAUUAAUUGCGAUUACCUCAAACCUCAUUUAAUUAUCCCCUCCCCAUCUCCCUCUCCCCCUCCUGCAUUCGUAGGAGAUGUGUCUCUACCAGAGGCACAAUAUCCAACUAUUAUGAAGGUGAUGUCUGGGAAACAAUUAAUUGAGGACCUGGAUGAGUAUGAACGUAACGAGCAGCAAAGAGCUAGGAAGCUGGGUCACUUCCUCAGUACUCUCAACUUGCGUGACCAAAUCGACAGAAACAUUAGCACUCACAGUCUACAUGACCAAGUUGCAAGAAAUAUUAGUACUCAGAGUCUUCGUAAUCAAUUCGACAGGAACACCAGCACUCACAGUCUACAUGAUCAAAUUGGAAGAAACCCCAACACUCAGGGUCUGCGGGACCUGGCCGACAGGAACAUUAGCACUCACAAUCUGCCCGACCAAUUCGGCAAAAACACCAGCACUCAUAGCCUGCGCGAUCAAGUAGGCGGGAGUGUCGGCGCUCUCGUCCACCGUGAGAAAGUUGACGGAAAUCCUGCCCAUAAGAUCCCUAGCAACUCGAACGUCAGCUCUAUAUCUCAAACGCUUGAUGCUUAUGGAACCAAGAAUAAAGGGUUCAGGCGUGGUGAUGAGGCAUUACAAGUGGCCAUCACCGAAAAAUGGGCUUGCAUGGACCGUGUCCUUAAUGCACCCCUCGACCCCGUUUCACGAGAUAGUCGUUUUUUCGUGAUUAAAUCGAACUGUGAGCUUGAUAUUUUUGCCUCACUCAAGCAUGGCAUCUGGACCUCUACCGAUCUUGGAAACAAACGACUCGACAGAGCGUUUUGUGACCUCACACGCAAGGGACCAAUAUUUUUGUUUUUUUCAGUUAGUGGAAGUGGCAAGUUCUGUGGAAUUGCUGAAAUGACAAGUGAAAUUGAGCAUUCAGUACAUACUGGAAUUUGGUCUGAUAAGCGUUGGAGAGGUCGUUUUACUGUUAAGUGGUUGAUUGUCAAGGACAUCCCCAACUCCGAUUUGCGCCAAUUCCGUGUUGCCAACAACGACAACAAGCCCUUCACAAACUGUCGUGACACUCAAGAGAUUCUUACCAAUCCCGGAGAAAAUGUUUAUAAACUUUUCAACCGUUAUGUGAGCUCUUCAAGCGUGUUUUCGAGUCACGAGGAGCAAAAAUGCGGCAACGGCGAGUUGCACCGGGUUUAG